AUGAUUUUUUUUAUUUAUUUAUUUGUUAACAAACAAAUGAAUAUAAAUAAUAUAAAUCAAAUGAAAUUGCUUGUUUUAAUUUUAAUAUUUUCUUUAAAUUUUAGCAAGAAAUUUUUCAUCAUCUGAAAAAAUAAAAAGCAAUCCCCUGGAAAGAUGGCAAGACUCAUUAAUGACAUGCACUAGUUUCUCUCAACUUUUUUUGCAUUUAGCAACACUUGAAAAAAGUGUAGUAUGGUCAUUAUCAGCUUUGCAAGCUCGUUGUAAAAUAUGCAGAAGAAAAGGUGAUGGUGAAAAUAUGCUUUUGUGUGAUGAGUGUAAUCGUGGUUUUCAUCUCUACUGCUUAAAACCACCUCUUAAAGAAAAAACUCAAGGUGAUUGGUAUUGCACAAAUUGUCAGUAUAAAAUGAAGCCUCCAUCACCUGUUAAGAAGAAACCAGUUUAUUAUGAAGAUGAUGAUGAUGACAGCAAUGACAUUGAUUAUGAUUAUUCCAUUACUGAUGAAAAUACAGAUAAACAGUAUCAAAGGUAAUUUCAAAUGUCUUUCAUGAUAUAAUUAAAACUUUAUAUAUUUUAAGACUGGUUUACACAAAACCACUUAUACUGAUAUUUUACUGCAUCUAAAAACAUCAACAAAUAGUAGUCAUAUCAUGUAAACCUA